AUGCGGCUGAUCAUCCGUGACGACGAGCAUGCAGCAAGCAUGUACGUCGCCAACUAUGUGGUUGAGCGGAUCAAGGCCUUCCAGCCAACCGCCGAGCACCCGUUCGUCCUCGGACUUCCCACGGGAUCUAGCCCCCUCGGCGUCUAUGAGAUCUUAGCUCGCAAGUACAAGGCCGGCGAGAUCUCCUUUGAGAAUGUCGUGACCUUUAAUAUGGAUGAAUAUGUUGGCCUCCCCAGAGAUGAUCCCAAUUCAUAUCACUCCUUCAUGUGGAAGAACUUCUUCUCCCACGUCAACAUCCACCCUUCCAAUGUGCACAUCCUAGACGGCAACGCCCCCAGCCCGGAGGCCGAGUGUGUUGCCUACGAAGAUGCCAUCAAGGCAGCCGGCGGUAUCGACCUAUUCCUAGCCGGGAUCGGUGACGAUGGGCACAUCGCUUUCAACGAGCCUGGGUCGAGCUUUGCAAGCCGCACUCGGGUCAAGACGUUGGCCUACGACACCAUCUUGGCCAACUCUCGCUUCUUUGGCGAUGACCUGAACAGAGUGCCGAGAAUGGCUCUGACUGUUGGCGUCCAGACCAUCCUCGAGGCGCGAGAGGUUGUGGUCAUAAUCCUAGGCGCUCGCAAGUCGCUAGCGUUGCAGAAGUGUAUUGAGCAGGGCGUGAACCACAUGUGGUCGCUCUCAUCUCUACAACUGCAUCCCCACCCCAUGAUUGUUGUCGAUGAAGACGCCACACUCGAGCUGCAGGUCAAGACUGUCAAGUACUUCAAGAGCAUCGAAAAGGUGGCGCGCGAGCAAGGGUUUGAGCAAAUCCUCCCCUCUAGGGUACGCACUGGCAACGUCCCUAUUCCCGAGACCAAGAUCCAGAAGGUUCAGUCCACCCCCAUCGUCGCCCCCGAGCCUAUUGCCUCGCACUUGCUCCGGGCGAACGUGCACACCUCUCGUUCUGUUUCCCCAGAUCUCGUGCCCGAUCGAAUGGCAUCGCGCAUCCCCGAGCCUAAGUUGAACGGUAGAUUGACCCCAAACCCCGAGCAUCAGAUGAGAGUGAAUGCUGUUGGAGCUUAA